AUGGUCCGAUCUCCUGGGCGAUGUCAUCCCAUCUGGGACAAGGCCCUGACUGAGGCAGUCACGCUUGUCGACAAAUGUGCCUCCGGUCAUGAAAAGGUCGAGAGCCAUGUGUUCUGGGAAUAUAUACACGGUGUCCAUAGAAUCAUCGAACUUGUUGCCAAGCUUCAGUCCGCUGCAUUGAGGGAUGUUCUAAGCCUCAUUUCGCGAACUCGUGCGAAGGUGGUUGCUUCUGCCUUUCUUGCCGCAGCAAAAAUGUGCCCUUAUAGUAUCCCACCCUCAUUUGCAACCGAUGAACAUGAUAUUUUAUAUUCAACAAUCUUCCUUCUUCCUCUCAUCAUGAAAGAGGACAAGGAGGACAAGGACUGGACUGCCUCGGAUUCCAACUUCCUCGCAGAACUCGCCAAGGCGAACGUCUCCGUCUGGAAGGCGACCUUCGAUUCGCUGUCUUUACUUGAGAAAAGUCCUGAACUGCACGAAGAGAAUUCCUUGCCCUUGUUUAUAGGUCUCUGGGCCCAGUACGGCGCCCUUCUGGGAAUUCAGAACCUCGUCGACCCUAUUCUUGGCUGCUGUAAUGCUGACUGCCCUCGGUUUCUUCAGGCAACAGAAUUCUCGAUUGGUCGAUGCUCUCUAUGCACGAAGGUCUGGUAUUACAGCAAAGAUUGCCAGCAAAAAGACUGGAAGCUUCAUAAACAUUAUUGUUUGGAGGGACAAGCGAAGCACAAGCGGUGA